AUGGCGUCAUCGAGAGAUAAUUUGAAGGUUUACCUUCGAGUUUCUGAAAAGAAAUCUGUAUCUCAAAACCCUAAAUCAUCAAAGAAGCCAAAAACAUCAUCAGUUGAAGAAAACAUCGAUCAACAAGGAAACAUUAGCCGAAAAUCAACAAUGAAACAACAAACUAGUAGAAAACGCAAAGAGAUUUCUGAUAAUGAUAAAAAACAAGAGGAAAAAAAAAGGAGAAGAAAGAAAGUGGUGAUAGAAUCUUCAGAAGAUACAGAUUCUGUUUCAAAAGAUGAAAAUUCUAGUCGAGCUAUAGUUCUGCAUACUUCUGAACAACAACAAGUAAAUUCAGAUGAUGAUUUUGUUGAUCCACCACCAAGAGUGAAACAGACAAAAUAUCAGAAGAAGGAAAAGGCAGAACCAAAAACAAAGAGAUCAUUGAAGAAAGAUAAAACAGAAGAACAGCCAGAAGAACAACUAGAAGAACAACCAUAUUACGAUUACGACGGAAAAAAAUCAACAUAA